AUGAUCACAGGGAUCGGUGGAGCUACAGUUUCCAUGCGGAGCAAGUACAACAUCCUCGUCAAAGGGCCUGAAGAGAGGCUCCACUCAAAAGAUAUCAUUGGCUGUAUCUUCCUCAGGGACUUGAAUGCAGUUCCACUCUAUGCCAGUGAUGCGAUCAUCCAUCACUAUAUGCACGAUAUCCUAGUCUGUGCAUCAGGAAAAGCUUACUUGGACAAAGCAGUUAAAAAGACUAUUGAAACCAUAGAAAAGGCAGGAUUCGAGAUCUGUGAGGACAAAAUACAGUACACCAAUCCAUGGACUUACCUUGGACUCCAGAUCCGGGAAAGGACCAUCGGACUCCAGCAGCUCACCAUCCAAGACAAGCCAAAUAGCCUGAGAGACUUACACAGUCUAUGGAAGAACCAAGACACAGGAGACAGCAAGUCGCUGGAGGCAGCCAAACUUCGGAACAUGAUGCUGAGUGAUCUGGAGAGACGCCGUGAUGUGGAUCGUGACUUGGAUUAUUUGGAAAUACUGGUGAAUGAUGAUUUGAAAACCUCGCCAGAUGCUGGAGCUGAACCUGCUGGUGAAGGUGGUGCAGCUUCCCAAACCAUGUCCAGGACGGAGCCUCUGGGAGAUGUUUCUCUGACAGGGAAUUACCCAGCUACAGGUCACAAGAAACCCCAUGAGCCAGCCAUAGUCAAGAUGCAAGUACUGAAGGAAAUGCAGCAGGAAGGACAAGCGAUGGACCAAAAAGCUGUACUGAAGGUGGCAUUUCCCGGGGUAAGUGGCGGCUCAUUGGAAGGCCCUGCAGGAAGGAAGGCGAUGCCAGACACGGGCACAGGCACAGCAGAUGAAGUGUCAGGGAAGGCUUCUCCAUUAACUUGGCUGCAUAAAGUUUUGGUCCUAUCUGAGCCACCGUCAGGUGUGUCUGCAGGGAGGACUUCUCCAGCUCCUUUGCUGAUUCGUACACAGAAGCCCAGCUCCCAUCACAGGAAUCCUACGAGGGGAAAGAACAAAGGCAAAGGACACCAGAAACCCCAUGAGCCAUCCAAAAACAUGAGGCAAAUGCUGAAAGAAUUGCUGCAGGCAGGACAAGUGGAUGGAGAGGCUGGGCAGAAGGUGGCGUUUCCCGAAGGAAGCACUGGCUCCAUGCCAGCCUCUGUUGCAGGAAGGGAGGUGAUGCCAGGCACAGGCAGAGGAGAUUGGGAUCGUGACAUGGAUUCCAUGCUUGUCUUUCUGGAUGAGAGUUUGAAGACCUCGGCAAAUAGUAGAGCUAACCCGGCUGGUGAAACUGAUCUGGCUUCCCAACCCACGUUCAGGAAUGAGCCUCUGGGAGGUUCUGAGGGUGUGUCUGCAGGGAGGACUUUCCCAGGUCCAUUGGUGGAUGUUGCACGCAGGCCCAGCUCCCAUCGCAGGGGUCUCCUGAGAUUGGAGAACAAACUUAGAGGAGAGAGUAAGUUCCUGGAGGCAUCCAAACACAUGGAGAAGAUGCUGAGUGAUCUGGAGAGAAGACAAGAAGUGGAUGGAGACGCUGGGCAGAAGGCGGCAUUUCCCGAAGGAAGCAGUGGCUCCAUGACAGCCUCUGCUGUAGGACUGGAGGCGAUGCCAGGCACAAGCACAGGAGGAUGGGAUAAAGACAUGGAUUAUCUGGAAAACCUGCUGGAUUAUGGCUUGAGAUUCAUGGGAAAUCCUGGAGGCAAGUGCUCAAUCUGGACCUGCGGGUGA